AUGGCGGGCCUGGGCCCCGGCGGAGGCGAUUCCGAGGGGGGCCCCCGGCCCCUGUUUUGCAGAAAGGGGGCCCUGAGGCAGAAGGUGGUGCACGAAGUCAAGAGCCACAAGUUCACCGCCCGCUUCUUCAAGCAGCCAACCUUCUGCAGCCACUGCACCGACUUCAUCUGGGGGAUCGGAAAGCAGGGCCUGCAAUGCCAAGUCUGCAGCUUUGUGGUGCAUCGCCGAUGCCACGAAUUUGUGACCUUCGAGUGUCCAGGCGCUGGCAAGGGCCCCCAGACGGACGACCCCCGGAACAAGCACAAGUUCCGCCUGCACAGCUACAGCAGCCCGACCUUCUGCGACCACUGCGGCUCCCUGCUGUACGGGCUGGUGCACCAGGGCAUGAAGUGCUCCUGUUGCGAGAUGAACGUGCACCGGCGCUGUGUGCGCAGCGUGCCCUCCCUGUGCGGCGUGGACCACACGGAGCGCCGCGGGCGCCUGCAGCUGGAAAUCCGGGCUCCGACGGCGGACGAGAUCCACAUCACGGUCGGUGAGGCCCGGAACCUCAUCCCCAUGGACCCCAACGGUCUGUCCGACCCGUAUGUGAAACUGAAGCUCAUCCCAGACCCGCGGAACCUGACCAAACAGAAGACCCGGACCGUGAAAGCCACGCUGAACCCCGUGUGGAACGAGACCUUUGUGUUCAACCUGAAGCCGGGGGACGUGGAGCGCAGGCUCAGCGUGGAGGUGUGGGACUGGGACCGGACCUCGCGCAACGACUUCAUGGGCGCCAUGUCCUUCGGGGUGUCCGAGCUGCUCAAGGCGCCGGUGGACGGCUGGUACAAGUUGCUGAACCAGGAGGAGGGCGAAUACUACAAUGUACCCGUGGCUGAUGCGGACAACUGCAGCCUCCUCCAGAAGUUUGAGGCCUGUAACUACCCCCUGGAACUCUAUGAGCGCGUGCGGAUGGGUCCUUCGUCCUCUCCCAUCCCCUCCCCGUCCCCUAGUCCCACCGACUCCAAGCGCUGUUUCUUCGGGGCGAGCCCGGGACGUCUGCACAUCUCCGACUUCAGCUUCCUCAUGGUUCUAGGAAAAGGCAGCUUUGGGAAGGUGAUGCUGGCGGAGCGGAGGGGCUCCGAGGAGCUCUACGCCAUCAAGAUCCUGAAGAAGGACGUCAUCGUUCAGGAUGAUGACGUGGACUGCACCCUGGUGGAGAAGCGCGUGCUGGCUCUGGGGGGCCGAGGCCCGGGGGGCCGGCCCCACUUCCUCACCCAGCUCCACUCCACCUUCCAGACCCCGGAUCGCCUGUAUUUUGUGAUGGAGUAUGUCACCGGGGGCGACUUGAUGUACCACAUUCAGCAGUUGGGCAAGUUUAAGGAGCCCCAUGCAGCGUUCUACGCAGCAGAAAUCGCCAUCGGCCUCUUCUUCCUUCACAACCAGGGCAUCAUCUACCGGGACCUGAAACUGGACAACGUGAUGCUGGAUGCCGAAGGACACAUCAAAAUCACCGACUUCGGCAUGUGCAAGGAGAACGUCUUCCCGGGGAACACGACUCGCACCUUCUGCGGGACCCCAGACUACAUAGCCCCCGAGAUCAUUGCCUACCAGCCCUACGGGAAGUCUGUCGACUGGUGGUCCUUUGGGGUUCUGCUGUAUGAGAUGUUGGCGGGACAGCCCCCCUUCGAUGGCGAGGACGAGGAGGAGCUGUUCCAGGCCAUCAUGGAACAAACCGUCACCUACCCCAAGUCGCUCUCCCGGGAAGCCGUGGCCAUCUGCAAGGGGUUCCUAACCAAGCACCCAGCCAAGCGCCUGGGCUCGGGGCCUGACGGGGAGCCCACCAUCCGCGCUCACGGCUUCUUCCGCUGGAUCGACUGGGAGCGGCUGGAGAGGUUGGAGAUCCCGCCUCCGUUCAGGCCCCGCCCGUGCGGCCGCAGCGGCGAGAACUUUGACAAGUUCUUCACGCGGGCGGCGCCCGCGCUGACCCCGCCGGACCGCCUGGUCCUGGCCAGCAUCGACCAGGCCGACUUCGAAGGCUUCACCUUCGUGAACCCCGAUUUCGUCCACCCGGACACCCGCAGCCCCGUCAGCCCGGCGCCGGUGCCGGUCAUGUAAUCCCACCCGCCGCCGCUAGGUGUCCCCACGGCUCCCUCCGCCGCGCAAGCCUCGGCCCGACCUCACCGCCUCCCGAAU